AUGCCCUCCGCUCGUUGGAGAAAAAGCCGACUAUCAUCGCCAACAGAUCACUUCAAGUUCACUCCAAUCGCCAUAUCAAAGAAAGCGCCCCGACUCUGGGAUCGCAAACCCAUGACCCCUUUCAACUCUCGCUCCAGGUCUCACAAAGUCUGGAAACGUUUCCAGGCCUCUACAUCCAAUGAUGUUGGUGGAGACGGAAUCGGCCACGAUGUGUUCCUUAUUGAGAUCAACAACUCAUUUGCGCUUCGAGGCGUUUUAAGAGGAGUCAAAAGACGUUGCACUGCUGCUUGUGUUGGGGUAGAACGAGGAAGGUCCUUUCAGGAAACAAAAUGGGAAACUGAGGAUAUGGGUACCCGACAACGAAAAUGUGUCCCGCGGCCGGAAGUUCCCAGGUGGGAGAGCAUUGAAGACGCAUAUAUUGACCCCGACGUUGAUAACAUACAACGGGACGAGAAUUUUGAUGAGCAUCAGUGCGAUGAACAGAAAGCUGUGGAUCGAAAUGAUUUUGGUUUGGGUUUGUUAGCUGGGCAGUGGGGUAGCACAUCGCCGGUCUCAGACCAAACUCUUGUCAAUGAUUUGUUGGAUUCUGAAAAGACCACGGAGAUUGCAGAACAGCACAUAGAUGGAGAAUCAACGUCUAUGCAAGAAUCAAGCGGAAUGCUGACCCCAGAAGAUCUCGAGAUUGGCGACCGCGGUACACCAGUUUCCCAUCCCGAUGCAGCAACUGCAAUCCGUACUUCAGCAAAGAUUGACGAAGCAGCUGAGGAAGCAGCAACGCCCUUGUCAAUCCCCCCCAGCCGACUAUUGUUUCCAACCCUAGAGGGGGACGAUGCCGAUUUCAUAACCGACUUCUUAUCCCAAGCACAAGCCAAGCGUGCCGCCGCUAAAUCUGUGCUGCCGAGCAAAGGAUUAGAAACCGCUGUUUGGGAGAGCCAGGGCCGGUCUCCAACACCGCGCGCACGAAGAAUUUUAGAAGACAUUGAUAAAAAUUCCCCUACAUCUCCAAGGCAACAAGUAUCACCAUCAAAGCUGAGACAAAUUUCAACAUCGCCCUCCCCGAAAUCCAGUGCAGCAAAUCACGAACUCGAGGUGUUGCAGGAAGAGCUAUGCCAAAACAUCGGCGGAGAAGAGGAAGAAUACCCACACCAACCGAGAGUAGGCUCUCCAUGUCGAAGAAGUACCCGCAAGACCCCCUCCAGAACUCAACGGAAUACCCCUGCCAUACCGAAUCAUAUCCCUUUUCGCCGUUCCAACGGAACCGAAUUCGUAUUUUUACAGCGUUCAGAGGAGCAACAGCUUUCUCUGGUGACCAAAGCCAACACUAGACGUAAUAAAGGUGAUGCUAAGUUCCCAUGUUUCGUUCUUCAAGCGAUCAAUUCAAAAGAAUAUGAACCCAUUUGCAUCAACAACGGGGAGACGGUUGCGCCUGUUUCACCGAGGAAGUCUCCCCGAAAACGGAUACGCAUUGUCAAGAAGGUGAUGUGGGACGAUGAGCAUCUGGUUCAGUACGAGGGUGAGAUAUACAAUAACGAUGAACAAAAUGAGGAUAUUGGUCAGGCGAGCCAUUCUCCGAAACUCGCCAUCUCACAGUCUGCUAAACUGGAGGAGAAGAAGAGGAAAAAUCCGAAUCCCAAUAUUACCAGAAAGAACAGUAAUAGCAGUAAGGCCUACAAAUUAUCCGUCCCAAUCCAUUCCGAUCCGCAGUCGGUGAAAUCGCCAACGAUAAAGAGGAGGGUGCCGAGGCUGGGGUUCUCAGGAAACAAUGAUCACAGUAACAUUAGCCACAAUAGUGUGGCCCCCACAGGUGCCGCUGCCGCUGCCGCUCCGGCAUCUGGAAAAACAUCGACUGGUGCCAGGCAUCCCGGGACGCCGAUUCAUAGAAAGAAACUUGCCCCGAAAUCUCCGAAGGCAAUUGUAUUCAAGGUUUCCGAUGACAGAGCUCCGAAGAUGAGUACUGCUACAUCAACUGAUUCUGGCAUAAUUCCGCGUGAAAUUCAGCGGCUCGUGUUUGCCAAGGCAUACAGGGAGAACGAAGGUAUAGCAGCCUCGUCUAACAGGUGA